AUGGAGGGGGAUUUCCUCCUUGAUCGCCUGGACGCGUUUUUCAGUGAAGGAGCAAAUACUGAUGUGAUUGGCAACUUUCUCUCGGAGGAGCAGGGCGUCAUGCAGCUGCUCGGCCACUCUACCGAUACAGAGGAGUCGUUGAGACUGUAUGAUUUGUCUAAAAGGUACGCUGCGGUUGUGGAUGCUUUGCUGCACACGUUUGUUGCCCGAGAAACUGAGGCUGGAUGCGCCAUCGACUUAGAGCAAUUGGCUGCUGCAGUAAUGAAGGAAUGGCGGCAAGAACACGAUUAUUGUCGAUACCUUUGUACGGCGUAUGUUGCCGGCGCGUUAGACUUUGCAUCUUUCAAGCAACUGGUAGCUGACGUCAAUGCGAUUACCGCGUACCCCGUCGGGGCUGAGCUUUCAGACGACGGCAGUGGGAGUGAGACAAGCCCAAAGGAAUAA